GAAAGAGGGAGAGAACAGCGUUUGACCGGUAGUAACCCCGGCGCUCGGCACAGCCGAAUCUAUAAAAGGAACUAGUCGCGGCAAAAACCAGUAAUUCCGAGGGCGAGCGAGCGGGCCGGGACCGGCAGAGCCCACUUCUCUCCGCGGCGCAGCGCAAAGCUGGGCAGGGGGCGCCGCGGGACCCGCGCAACCACAGCCGGCUUGGGGAGCUGCUCUGCUCCCUGUUUCCCCCCACUUUUUUCUUCCCCUUUCUGGAAGGGUUUGUGCAGGGGUAGGGAAAACAGACUCAAACAGCAAAGUGGAAAACAGUUAAUGACCAGCCACAGAGUCACAGCUCUGUGCUCUGGCUGCUCCCUCCAGGGCUCUCGAGCCGCAGACGCAGGUCGCUGUGGGUGCCGGCUGUGGUGACAUGGCUUGUUGGCCUCAGUUAAGGCUGCUGCUGUGGAAGAAUCUGACAUUUCGAAGGAGACAAACAUGUCAGCUGUUACUGGAAGUGGCCUGGCCUCUCUUUAUCUUCCUGAUCCUGAUCUCUGUACGCCUGAGCUACCCACCCUACGAACAACAUGAGUGCCACUUUCCGAAUAAAGCCAUGCCGUCUGCAGGAACCCUCCCCUGGGUACAGGGGAUUAUCUGUAAUGCCAACAACCCCUGCUUCCGUUAUCCAACUCCCGGCGAGGCUCCCGGUGUUGUUGGAAACUUUAACAAGUCCAUCGUGUCUCGCCUGUUCUCAGACGCUCAGAGGCUUCUUCUGUACAGCCAAAGAGAUACCAGCAUUAAGGACAUGCACAAGGUCCUGAGAAUGUUACGGCAGAUCAAGCAUCCCAACUCAAAUUUGAAGCUCCAGGAUUUUCUGGUGGACAAUGAAACAUUCUCUGGAUUCCUGCAGCACAAUUUGUCCCUUCCAAGAUCUACUGUGGACAGCCUGCUGCAGGCGAAUGUUGGUCUCCAGAAGGUAUUUUUGCAAGGCUACCAAUUACAUUUGGCCAGUCUGUGUAACGGAUCAAAAUUAGAAGAAAUUAUUCAGCUUGGUGAUGCGGAAGUUUCUGCCCUCUGUGGUCUACCGAGGAAGAAGCUCGAUGCAGCCGAGAGAGUACUGCGCUACAACAUGGACAUCCUGAAGCCAGUUGUGACAAAACUAAAUUCCACAUCUCAUCUCCCGACCCAGCAUCUGGCUGAAGCCACCACAGUGUUGCUUGACAGCUUGGGGGGCCUGGCCCAAGAGCUGUUCAGCACAAAGAGCUGGAGCGACAUGCGGCAGGAGGUGAUGUUUCUGACCAACGUGAACAGCUCCAGCUCCUCCACCCAGAUCUACCAGGCAGUGUCCCGCAUCGUGUGUGGUCACCCAGAGGGUGGGGGCCUGAAGAUCAAGUCCCUCAACUGGUACGAGGAUAACAACUACAAAGCCCUCUUUGGAGGGAAUAACACCGAGGAAGACGUGGACACCUUCUAUGACAAUUCUACAACUCCUUAUUGCAAUGAUUUGAUGAAGAACUUGGAGUCUAGUCCUCUUUCUCGAAUUAUUUGGAAGGCACUCAAGCCACUGCUUGUUGGAAAGAUUCUCUAUACACCUGACACACCAGCUACAAGGCAGGUCAUGGCUGAGGUGAACAAGACCUUUCAGGAGUUGGCUGUGUUCCAUGACCUGGAGGGCAUGUGGGAAGAACUCAGCCCCCAAAUUUGGACCUUCAUGGAGAACAGCCAAGAGAUGGACCUUGUCCGGACGCUGUUAGACAGCAGAGGCAAUGACCAGUUUUGGGAACAGAAGUUGGAUGGAUUAGAUUGGACUGCCCAAGACAUCAUGGCGUUUCUGGCCAAGAACCCAGAAGAUGUUCAGUCCCCAAAUGGCUCUGUGUAUACCUGGAGAGAAGCUUUCAAUGAGACCAACCAGGCAAUCCAGACGAUAUCUCGAUUCAUGGAGUGUGUCAACCUGAACAAGCUGGAACCCAUUCCGACAGAAGUCAGGCUCAUCAACAAGUCCAUGGAGCUGCUGGACGAGAGGAAGUUCUGGGCUGGCAUCGUGUUCACAGGCAUCACUCCAGAUAGUGUGGAGCUGCCCCAUCAUGUAAAGUACAAGAUCCGGAUGGACAUUGACAACGUGGAGAGAACUAAUAAGAUCAAGGAUGGGUACUGGGACCCUGGUCCUCGGGCUGACCCUUUUGAAGAUAUGCGCUAUGUCUGGGGCGGCUUCGCCUACUUGCAGGAUGUGGUGGAACAGGCCAUCAUCAGAGUGCUGACGGGAUCUGAGAAGAAAACGGGUGUCUACGUGCAACAGAUGCCCUACCCCUGUUAUGUUGAUGACAUUUUUCUGCGGGUCAUGAGCCGGUCAAUGCCCCUCUUCAUGACUCUAGCCUGGAUCUACUCUGUCGCUGUGAUCAUCAAGAGCAUUGUGUAUGAGAAGGAGGCUCGGCUGAAGGAGACCAUGCGGAUCAUGGGUCUGGACAAUGGCAUCCUCUGGUUUAGCUGGUUUGUUAGCAGCCUCAUCCCUCUGCUUGUGAGCGCUGGCCUGCUGGUGGUCAUCUUGAAGUUAGGAAACCUGCUGCCCUAUAGUGACCCCAGCGUGGUGUUCGUCUUCCUGUCUGUGUUUGCCAUGGUGACCAUCCUACAGUGCUUCCUCAUUAGCACGCUCUUCUCCCGUGCCAACCUGGCAGCAGCCUGUGGGGGCAUCAUCUACUUCACGCUGUACCUGCCCUAUGUGCUGUGCGUAGCCUGGCAGGACUAUGUGGGCUUCUCCAUCAAGAUCUUUGCUAGCCUGCUGUCUCCUGUGGCUUUUGGAUUCGGCUGUGAGUAUUUCGCCCUUUUCGAGGAGCAAGGUAUCGGGGUCCAAUGGGACAAUCUCUUUGAGAGCCCGGUGGAGGAGGACGGCUUCAAUCUCACCACUGCAGUGUCCAUGAUGCUCUUUGACACCUUUCUCUAUGGCGUGAUGACAUGGUACAUCGAAGCCGUCUUUCCAGGACAGUAUGGAAUUCCCAGGCCCUGGUAUUUUCCUUGUACCAAGUCAUACUGGUUUGGUGAGGAAAUUGAUGAGAAGAGCCACCCUGGUUCCAGCCAGAAGGGAGUGUCAGAAAUCUGCAUGGAAGAGGAACCCACUCAUCUGAGGCUGGGGGUGUCCAUUCAGAACCUGGUGAAGGUUUACCGAGAUGGCAUGAAGGUUGCUGUGGAUGGCUUGGCGCUCAACUUUUACGAAGGCCAGAUUACCUCCUUCCUGGGCCACAAUGGAGCAGGGAAGACCACCACCAUGUCAAUACUGACUGGGCUGUUUCCCCCAACUUCUGGCACGGCCUACAUCCUGGGGAAGGACAUUCGCUCGGAGAUGAGCUCCAUCCGGCAGAACCUGGGAGUCUGUCCCCAGCAUAAUGUGCUGUUUGACAUGCUGACUGUCGAAGAGCACAUCUGGUUCUAUGCGCGCCUAAAGGGGCUCUCAGAGAAGCACGUGAAAGCAGAGAUGGAGCAGAUGGCCCUGGAUGUUGGCUUACCCCCGAGCAAGCUGAAAAGCAAAACGAGUCAGCUCUCAGGUGGGAUGCAGAGAAAGCUGUCUGUGGCCUUGGCCUUCGUGGGUGGAUCCAAGGUUGUCAUUCUGGACGAGCCCACAGCCGGGGUGGACCCGUACUCUCGCAGGGGAAUAUGGGAACUCCUGCUAAAAUACCGGCAAGGCCGCACCAUUAUUUUGUCUACACACCACAUGGACGAAGCUGACAUCCUUGGGGACAGAAUUGCCAUCAUUUCCCAUGGGAAGCUGUGUUGUGUGGGCUCCUCCCUGUUUUUGAAAAACCAGUUGGGAACGGGUUACUAUCUGACCCUGGUUAAGAAAGAUGUGGAAUCGUCCCUCAGUUCCUGCAGAAACAGUAGCAGCACCGUGUCUUGUCUGAAAAAGGUGGUGCCUGGGCUCCCCGCAGCUGGGCAGAGUGGAGGCAGAGGAGGAGAGGUGCAGAGGCUGGUGGCGCUGACUCAAGAUGUCUCUGCUAUCUCCAACCUCAUCAGGAAGCACGUGUCUGAAGCCCGGCUGGUGGAGGACAUUGGGCACGAGCUGACCUAUGUGCUGCCGUACGAAGCCGCGAAGGAGGGAGCCUUUGUGGAACUCUUCCAUGAGAUUGAUGACCGGCUCUCAGACCUGGGCAUCUCCAGUUAUGGCAUCUCGGAGACCACCCUGGAAGAAAUAUUCCUCAAAGUGGCUGAAGAGAGCGGGGUGGAUGCUGAGACCUCAGAUGGUACUUUGCCAGCAAGACGAAACAGACGGGCCUUCGGGGACAAGCAGAGCUGUCUGCACCCAUUUACGGAAGAUGAUGCUGUUGAUCCCAAUGACUCUGACAUAGACCCAGAAUCCAGGGAGACCGACCUGCUCAGUGGGAUGGACGGCAAAGGCUCCUACCAGCUGAAGGGCUGGAAACUCACCCAGCAACAGUUUGUGGCCCUUUUGUGGAAGAGGCUGCUGAUUGCCAGACGGAGCCGGAAGGGUUUCUUUGCUCAGAUUGUCCUGCCAGCUGUCUUUGUUUGCAUUGCCCUGGUCUUCAGCCUGAUUGUGCCACCCUUUGGCAAGUACCCCAGCCUGGAACUUCAGCCCUGGAUGUAUAAUGAGCAGUAUACAUUUGUCAGUAAUGAUGCUCCCGAGGACAUGGGCACCCAGGAACUCCUGAAUGCUCUGACCAAAGAUCCAGGCUUUGGGACCCGCUGUAUGGAAGGAAACCCAAUCCCAGAUACCCCUUGCUUGGCUGGGGAGGAGGACUGGACCAUCAGCCCCGUCCCCCAGAGCAUCGUGGACCUCUUCCAGAAUGGAAACUGGACCAUGAAGAACCCCUCACCUGCGUGCCAGUGUAGCAGUGACAAAAUCAAGAAGAUGCUGCCUGUGUGUCCCCCAGGGGCAGGGGGGCUGCCACCUCCUCAGAGAAAACAGAAAACCGCAGACAUCCUUCAGAAUCUGACAGGAAGAAAUAUUUCAGAUUACCUGGUGAAGACGUACGUGCAGAUCAUAGCAAAGAGCUUAAAGAAUAAGAUCUGGGUGAACGAGUUUCGGUAUGGCGGGUUUUCCCUGGGUGUCAGUAAUUCUCAAGCACUUCCUCCGAGCCAUGAAGUUAAUGAUGCUAUCAAGCAAAUGAAGAAACUCCUGAAGCUGACCAAGGACAGCUCCGCAGAUCGCUUCCUCAGCAGCCUGGGAAGGUUCAUGGCAGGGCUGGAUACGAAAAACAAUGUCAAGGUGUGGUUCAAUAACAAGGGCUGGCAUGCUAUCAGUUCGUUCCUGAAUGUCAUCAACAAUGCCAUUCUCCGGGCCAACCUGCAGAAGGGAGAGAACCCGAGCCAGUAUGGAAUCACUGCUUUCAACCACCCCUUGAACCUCACUAAACAGCAGCUCUCAGAGGUGGCUCUGAUGACCACCUCUGUCGACGUCCUCGUGUCUAUCUGUGUCAUCUUUGCGAUGUCCUUUGUCCCUGCCAGCUUUGUUGUGUUCCUGAUCCAGGAGCGUGUGAGCAAAGCCAAGCAUCUUCAGUUCAUCAGCGGCGUGAAGCCUGUCAUCUACUGGCUGUCCAAUUUUGUCUGGGAUAUGUGCAAUUAUGUGGUCCCUGCUACACUGGUCAUUAUCAUCUUCAUCUGCUUCCAGCAGAAGUCCUAUGUGUCCUCUACCAACCUGCCCGUUCUAGCCCUUCUGCUCUUGCUGUAUGGGUGGUCGAUCACUCCUCUCAUGUAUCCAGCAUCCUUUGUGUUCAAGAUCCCCAGCACCGCCUAUGUGGUUCUCACCAGUGUGAACCUCUUCAUCGGCAUCAAUGGCAGUGUGGCCACUUUCGUACUGGAGCUGUUUACAAACAAUAAGCUCAAUGACAUCAAUGACAUCCUGAAGUCUGUGUUUCUUAUCUUCCCACAUUUUUGCCUGGGGCGAGGGCUCAUCGACAUGGUGAAGAACCAGGCCAUGGCCGAUGCCCUGGAGAGGUUUGGGGAGAACCGCUUCGUCUCUCCGCUCUCUUGGGACUUGGUAGGACGGAACCUUUUUGCCAUGGCCGUGGAAGGGGUGGUGUUCUUCCUCAUUACUGUUCUGAUCCAGUACAGAUUUUUCAUCAGGCCCAGACCUGUAAAGGCGAAGCUUCCUCCUUUGAAUGACGAGGAUGAGGAUGUGAGGCGGGAGAGACAGAGGAUUCUGGACGGUGGCGGACAGAAUGACAUCCUAGAGAUCAAGGAACUGACCAAGAUCUAUAGGAGGAAGCGGAAGCCUGCAGUCGACAGGAUCUGCAUCGGCAUCCCUCCCGGAGAGUGCUUUGGACUCCUGGGAGUUAACGGAGCUGGGAAGUCAACAACUUUCAAGAUGCUGACUGGAGACACCCCUGUGACCAGAGGGGAUGCGUUCCUUAACAAAAACAGCAUCUUAUCAAAUAUCCAUGAAGUACACCAGAACAUGGGCUACUGCCCUCAGUUUGACGCCAUCACAGAGCUGCUGACGGGAAGAGAGCAUGUGGAGUUCUUUGCCCUCCUGAGGGGAGUCCCAGAAAAGGAAGUUGGCAAGGUUGGUGAAUGGGCAAUUCGCAAACUGGGCCUGGUAAAGUAUGGAGAAAAAUAUGCCAGUAACUACAGUGGCGGCAACAAACGAAAGCUCUCCACAGCCAUGGCUUUGAUUGGCGGACCUCCUGUGGUGUUUCUGGAUGAACCAACCACAGGCAUGGACCCUAAAGCCCGGAGAUUCUUGUGGAAUUGUGCCCUAAGCAUUGUCAAGGAGGGGAGAUCUGUAGUCCUUACAUCUCAUAGUAUGGAAGAAUGUGAAGCUCUUUGUACAAGGAUGGCCAUAAUGGUCAAUGGAAGGUUCAGGUGCCUUGGCAGUGUCCAACAUCUGAAAAACAGGUUUGGAGAUGGUUAUACAAUAGUUGUACGAAUAGCAGGCUCCAACCCUGACCUGAAGCCUGUCCAGGAGUUCUUUGGACUUGCGUUUCCGGGAAGUGUCCUAAAAGAGAAACAUCGAAACAUGCUUCAGUACCAGCUUCCAUCCUCCUUGUCAUCUCUAGCCAGGAUAUUCAGCAUCCUCUCCCAGAGCAAAAAGCGACUCCACAUAGAAGACUACUCUGUCUCUCAGACAACACUUGACCAAGUAUUUGUGAACUUUGCCAAGGACCAAAGUGAUGAUGACCACUUAAAGGACCUGUCACUGCACAAAAACCAGACAGUUGUGGAUGUGGCCGUUCUCACAUCCUUUUUGCAGGAUGAGAAAGUGAAAGAAAGUUAUGUAUGAAGAAUCCCGUUCACACAGGGUGAAUGAAAGGAAGGAAGAGCGAGGUCUUCCUUUGCACUGUGUCAAGUGUUCUAGAAGAAAGCGUCCUGCGUUUCUGUGGAGAAGAACAAACUGGAUACUGUACUGACACUAUUCAAUGCAAUGCACUUCAAUGCAACGAGAACACAAUUCCAUUACAGGGGCAGUGCCUUUGUAGCCUAUGUCUUGUAUGGCUCUCUAGUGAAAAUGACUUGAAGUUAGUUCAUUACCUUAUACAGAUGUGAAACUCUGGUGUGGAACCAAGCAGACUCUGGGUUUGGAUUCAUACUUUUUUUGUUCCUGUGUAUUCUCACUAGGAUUGCAACAACAGUCUAUCAAAUAGUCAUGGCCAGUGAUAAUCAAAGUCAAAGGCACACACAUCCUCGUCCAUUAAGCCAUUAAGCCAUGCUGAACCACAAAACAGGUUUCCCGGUGACACAUCCAUUGCUGGCAAUGAGUGUGCCAGAGUUACUAGUGCCAAGUUGCUCAGAAAGUCUGAAGCACUGAGUGUGUCACAAACACUUUUGUGAAAACCGCCCUACUGUCGGUUGACAUCAUUAAAUAUCAGGUGACAAAAACGGUGCCACAUGUGACUAAAUCCCCAUUUUCCUUCUCUCUUUGAUGAGCUGCUGUUGUGGCUGUCUUGUACAAAAUGUGCAUCUCUCUAACCCAGGUACUUGGUUCUCUUGUUCAGUGUUGCCCAUGCCCCUGUCAUGGCUUGCCAUAGCAUCUUUCUGAGACUUUUUCAAAUACAUUAGAUCCUCCUAAGCAGCAAAGAUUAGCAGCCAAACUGCUGGGGCUGCAAGCGGCUCAGUUCAGGGUGUGGCAUGAAAGAUCCAGUGCAUUUACACGUGGCAGGUCUGGGUUGGUUUGUGCUGACUGUCUCCUAACACAAGAUGGGUACACUACACCUUGAGAUCCUUCAUUAUUUAACAGAAAUCUAGUUCUUUCUAACUGUUUGAAUUAACCUAGAAAAUGAAAGGGUGGCAUUUCAUUUUGACAAAAAUGUUUGCAUUGUUAGUAUUAUUUGGAAUUUUAAGUUUUAUCAAUGCUUCUGGAAGCUUAGAACUGUACACGUGUGAUGUCAGUCACAUAGAGGAAUGUGCCCGGACUGCCUCAUGCCUUUAUUUUCCUUGGUAAAUUUGAAGAUAGAAUGUCUGACUAGCGCAGUGACCAGAAAACAAUGUGGUAGUCAACAUCUCAGGCCAUAUUUUAAGAUCCUGUAGAGCACUAUUCAUUUCAGGUUGCAGAUGGAGUAUUUUUGAAACAUCAUUACUAUGUAGAUGCUUGGAUAGGAGUGAGGGGGAGCUAGCAGAUUUCCUGUGCCAUUUAUUCAGCUGAUUGAUGUACAGAUGUAGGUUUAUUUUGUAAAAUCCACUGAAAGAAUAUGGCCACACCCUUGCCUACUUGAUAGCAUCAAUACAGAAGCCAAGAAGGACCACUAAGUAACCCCCUCUUCCCAGGGAGAGCAGCUAGCUUGAAAUCUCUCGGAUACAAUCGAUGCGUCUGACCUUUGGGAUCCUCACCAUAUGGGCAAACAAUGGGCUUUGCAGGAUGAGAGACACCCACUUAAACCUCUGACGAUCUCGAAUGGUUCAUCUCUUCCGUCAUUAACCAGUCAUGGAAAACAAUCAACAAACUCUGCCACGUGAAAUAUUUUUUCAGACUUUUCUAACCCAAGCUUAAUUUGUUUUCAUCUGCAAGCAACGUGGAAAAAAAUAGUUAUUUCACCAGUGCUCAAUGUCAUCCGUCUUCAUACAAAACAAAAAUAUGAGUAAGUUCCUGUAUUGGGCAAAGUUCAAGUGAGCUUUUGCUAUCCUUAUUUAACUUCUUCUAAAAAUUUGGAAGAAUAAGAUUUCAGAUCUAUUUCAAAUUAUGUUUAUAUAAUGUUAUGUAAUUCAUUGCUUGAAAGGAAAAAUGACAAGUUUGAUACUAAUGUCAACAUAGGUUUCUAAAAUGAUAAGGAAAGUGUGUUUCCAGUAGUUAUUGGCAUACCAUUCAUUUUAGAUAUCAAAGAUACCGAAAUCAAAGAAGCAUGUCUUUAUUUUUCAAAAACAAACUUCCGUUGGCUUUCUCAGUCCAUUAUCACCAUGUACAGCCCUUAGAAAAAUCCUUGUUUUAAUUACUCAGAUUUUUGAGGCCACAAAACAACAACAAAAGUAAGGCACCAUUUUUGAAAACAAAAUCAAUUGAGUGUAGAUUUAAAAUCUUUUCUGAAGCUAGAGACAAUCUGUAGCUAUUAUGUUACCUUUUACACUAUCUGAAGAGCAAUCUUCAACUUUCCUGUUUAAACGUAAUUAUUUUAGAAAGUUAAAAAUCAAUCCUAUCUUCAAAUAAGAAUUUCUUAGAUUCCCUAUGGAGAUGUGCAUUGUGAGUUGAGAAAUUCUCAAGUGCAAACACUUCUGGUUUACUUUAAAAAAAAAUAGUGGAAAACUUACUAACUGUGAAUAUGAGAAAGACAAAAGAAAGUGAGUCCUCUCGCUAGAUAUACCUAGCAUAAUUCAUUAUGAAACAAACAAACCUCAAACUACUGUAUUUUGGUGUCUGUACCGCAAGCAUAUGCCUCAUGACUAUAAAUGUUACAUACAUCAUUUGCUCUCUGUAUAGUAGGCAUUGACUUAAAGGGAUUGUUUGUUGUCUUCUCAUGGUUGUAUAUAUCAGGUAAAAUUGUUCCAAAGAGCCAUGUGUUAUGUAAUGGGGAACCACUUUGAUACUGAAUUACUAAUUUGUACUUUCAUUACUAUUUGCUGGUAAUAGUGUAACGCCACAGUAAUACUGUUCUGAUUCAAAACUGUUGCAUCCCUUUUUGUAGAACAUUUAUAUUUCCAUAAGGAUUCGGUAUGUUCUUUUCCCUCCUGCCCUAGGAUGAAGCUGGUUUUGUGCUUUUUCUUUAUCAUUGGCCCUCAUUCCAAGCACUUUAUGCUGUCUGUAAUGGAUCUAUUUUUGCACUGGAAUAUCUGAGAUUUGCAAAACUAGACAAAAGUUUCAGAGCAGAUUUCUAAGUUAAAUCGUUUUCAUUAAAAGAAAAAAAAACUGAAAAAAAUUGUAUUGUGAAUAACUUUAUAUGACGUGUUUUUUUAAAAGCUUGUUUCUAUGUUAUGAGUCACAAAAUAAAGCUGUGACAGUCCU